AGAUUCUCUCCUCUCAAAAUUCAAACCCAAAAUUUGUAGUAGGGUUAUGUGAAGUGAGUAAGGUUGGUAGCAGCUACAUCACAUGGUGAUGGACCCUAAAUUCUUGCUCCCGUUAUCCAAAUCCUCUUCAUCACACGCUUCUUUACCCUUGUUUAUUUCAAAUCAACUUCCUUUCCGGCAAAACUCAAACCUUUCCGCCAAACCGUGUUGUUCCCUCCAAAAGUCUGAAUUUUGGGGUAGGGAUUUGAAUUCGGUUGUGUUACCGGCAAAUGUUAAUAGCAUUAGAAAGGUGCAUGCCCCCUCGCCGUUUGGGCCAAUAAGGGCAGCUGUGAAGAGAAGGAAAGAGCUUCCCUUUGAUAAUGUGAUUCAGAGGGACAAGAAGCUCAAGUUUGUUCUCAAGAUAAGGAAGAUUUUGGUGAGUCAACCCAACCGCAUCAUGUCGCUUAAGCAGCUUGGUAAGUUCCGAAGGGAUUUGGGUCUGGAUAAGAGGAGGCGGCUUAUUGCUUUGUUGAAGAAAUUCCCUGCGGUGUUUGAGAUUAUGGAAGAAGGGGUUUACUCUCUCAAGUUCAAGAUGACACCAGAGGCUGAAAGGCUUUAUUUUGAAGAGUUGAAGGUUAGGAAUGAGAUGGAGGAUUUGGUUGUUACAAAGCUGAGGAAACUGUUGAUGAUGUCGCUCGAAAGGCGGAUAUUGUUGGAGAAGAUAGCUCAUCUCAGGAAUGAUUUGGGUCUCCCACAAGAAUUCCGCGACACCGUUUGUCACAGGUACCCGCAGUACUUCAAAGUUGUUGCAACCGAGAGAGGCCCUGCUCUGGAGUUGACACAUUGGGAUCCUGAGCUUGCAGUUUCUGCGGCUGAGCUAUCUGCAGAGGAAAAUCGGAUUCGGGAAUUGGAAGAGCAGAAUUUGAUCAUAGAUAGACCUCUCAAGUUCAACAGGGUCAAGCUUCCUAAAGGUCUUAAUCUUUCUAAGGGUGAGAUGAGGAAGAUCAUGCGUUUCAGAGAUAUACCUUAUAUAUCGCCAUACUCGGAUUUCUCAGAGAUUAAACCAGGAACACCAGAGAAAGAGAAGCAUGCUUGUGGUGUUGUACAUGAGAUAUUGAGCCUCACUCUUGAGAAGCGAACCCUCAUUGAUCACCUUACUCAUUUUCGAGAGGAGUUCAGAUUCUCUCAGCAACUGAGGGGGAUGUUGAUAAGGCAUCCUGAUAUGUUUUAUGUCUCCUUGAAAGGAGACAGGGAUUCUGUGUUUCUGAGGGAAGGUUAUCGUGAUUCGCAGUUGGUAGACAAGGAUCGUCUGUUGCUAAUAAAGGAAAAGCUUCGCUCUCUGGUUAAUGUUCCACGAUUUCCCAAGCGAGGUGCUUCCAGAAGGGUUGGAGAUGGUAUGGAAGACACAGCUGGCACUACCAGAGAAGAUGAAAGUGGUGAAGAGGAAGAACACUGGUCAGAUCUUGAUAGUUUUAUGAGUGAUGAUGGAUUUGAAGAAGACAAUGAUGGCCAAGACGAUGACUGGAGCAAUGAUGACGACGACGACGACGAUGAUACACCACCUGAUUUUGAUGAGGAUGAUGGAAUAUUGGAGAUUUCACAAGGAAAGACGAUCAAACAAGCUGAAGAUUUAACGGCAAAUGACAAAAAAGUCCUUGCUCCUGUGUUCCCUGACGGUCGUCCCAGAGAACGGUGGUAGUCUUUCUAGAUCUUUCAAGCUGGAAUCUUUUAUGCAAGACAGCAUCUGGCUUUAACUUUGGAGUUUUUAGCUGGAUGAUUUUGUGAUCAAUGUUGUACGCCAAGAGUUUGACUUGUCUACCUUGGACACAUAUGAUGCUUUCUUUUUCUAAUGAGUAUUCUUCAUUGUCCAUUUACAGUUCUUGUCUGUAAACAAUAAUAGCAGUUGAUGUUAUGUCCAGACUCCAUAGUCCAGACCAAUACUAGAGAUAUUUUGUAUAGACUACCACCUGCUGUACUGUAUAAUGGAUUGAUACUUCUUAGACAUGGUUAUAUGUUCAACAGGGUGAUAUCCACUUUUCCGUGAAUUCUUUCUA